CGUAUCAUUAUGACACCAAGAUUGUCACCGAUUAAUAAGAAAAAAAAAAGAAAAAAAACCUAUCAGUUCGUUUUCGUUACACGUAGGCACCCGACCCUGCUACCUUCCACCGACUUCAUCAUCUCAACUUCCCAAUCCCACCCGUCCCCCCUAGCCCCCCGCCACCGCCAUCUCCUCGCCGGCGAUGGACCCGCUGCCCCCUUCGCCGGUGAACUGGGACUCGCUCGACGCUCUCGUGCUCGACUUCGUCAGAUCCGAUCGCCUCAUCGCCCCUCCCGCCUCCCCAUCGCCGCCCUCAUCCCCAUCCUCCUCCACCACCACCGCCACCUCCUCAUCCCCAUCCACCUCGACCUCCUCGUCGUACUGCUCGCGCAUCCUCAUCCGCCGGGCCCGUCGCGCGCUCGAGGCUGGCGACGUCGACGCCGCCCUCGCGCUCCUCCGAGCUCACGCCCCUGCCGCGUUACUCGACCACCGCCUUCUCUUUCAUCUACACAAGCAGAGAUUCGUGGAGCUGGUGAGGCGGGGUACGGAGGCAGACAGGGAGGCGGCGCUCGACUGUCUCCGCACAGCUCUCGCACCCUGUGCUCUCGACGCUUACCCUCUUACGAGGAAUUCAAACAUAUACUGCUGGUUUUAAUAUAUGACCAAGAUGAUCAAUCUUCCCCAGUCGUCAAUGAGUGGUCUAUAAAGAGGAGAUUUGAACUUGCUGGGUUGCUAUCAUCCAUAUUAAGAGCUCAUUUACAAGCUUAUGAUCCUAUUCUCUCAAUGUCCUUAAGAUACUUAAUAAGCAUUCACAAAGUAUUCUGCUCGCGCCAAGGAGUUUCAUCACCUAUAUCUGAUCUAACUGAGCGGCUACUCUUCGAGGACCGUGAUCCGCCUGCAGUUACCCAGGAAUGUUCAGUAGAAGCACCACCAUUUGACGAGGUUGAUGUUCAAGCCCUAGCACAUGCGGUUGAGUUGACAAGACAAGGCGCUAUCGACAGCUUGAAGUUUGCAAAAGGAGAUUUGUAUCAAGCAUUUCAGAACGAACUGUGCCGAAUGAAGAUGGACCUGUCACUUCUGGAUAAACUUGUACAUGAGUACUGUAUAUACAGGGGAAUUGUUCAAGGCUGUUCUCAUGCCCUUCCUGGAACUGCUGACAUGCAAUGCAGUCAAAACAUUGAUGUUAGUUUCAUAAAUAAUCAAGGAGCCAACAAUGAAGCACAGCUUGAUUGUGAAUCGGCUGGCAAGCAGGAUGGCGGUUGUUGCACCAGUGAUAUUACCCAUCAUGAUUCCUGGUCGAAGAGAUUACGAAGGGUUAGAAGCAGUACAUCAGGGCAGGGAAGGCGAAAGAGAUGGAGAGGUCGAGCAGAUGAUCUUAAUUAUGCUUUUGAGACUCCAGUUGAUGCAAAUCGUGAUACCUUGUCUCCUGCCUUUGACAUGGACGAAGAUGUUGUAAUAGGAGAACAUGACUCUGUGUUAGAUACUGGUUUGUCUGAUACUAGGAAUAUGCAAGAUCAGAAGUAUGAGGUUAUUUUAGAGAUGAGGGACCUCACACGCAAAGGAAUGGCUUCCAAAGUUGUGGAUGAAAUAAACAGCAUAGAUCCUGAUUUCUUUUCGCAAAACCCUAUUCUUCUGUUUCAGCUAAAACAGGUUGAAUUUCUUAAGCUAGUAGCUGGCGGUGAUCAUGUAGCUGCUCUCAAGGUUGCAUCUGCGCACCUGGGACCUCUUGCUGCCAGUAACCAAGCUUUACUGAAGCCUUUGAAGGAAACUUUGGUAACACUGAUUCAACUCAAUGAGGAUGUACUCACAAAAGCAGUAUCGUUGCCUGUUCUUGCAAGUUCUCUGCAGCUUGCGAUAAGCAGGAGGCUUGGUAUUGAAGAACCUCAACUGAUGAAGAUAGUCAGGACAACACUUCACACACACACCGAAUGGUUUAAGCUUCAGAUGUGCAAGGACCGUUUUGAUCAUUUUUUGAAGAUUGAUUCUCUAAAAGAGAUUGAUCCACCUGUGAGUCGCACUAUGUCCAAGGUUCUUACAGAUGAAUGUGGAAAUGGAUCUUCUCAGAUCACAACAUGCUCAAGUGGCAAGGUGCUGGAUGAAGGUAGUAGCCCUCAGGAGUCAUCGGAAGUUGUCUGCGAUGAAAGCGCUAUACUCAAAGUUAUGGAAUUCCUUGCUUUGCCAAGGGCCGACGCCAUCCAACUACUCAUCCAGUAUAGCGGAAAUGCAGAGACAGUGAUCCAACAAAUCUUUUCAUAGUGCCUUGUGUAAAAUACCACACAUUUUAUUUUAUUUUAGAAAGCAAACUGUUUCUUCAUACUUUUCCUUCUUUAGCUGUAUUUGGACUAGGCGCCCAUUUCAACCUUGUGUGAUUCUCUUUUUGCUCAUGUAACACUGAAACUUAGGGGCAAAAAAGUCAGCAAGGACCAAAGAAUAAUGGAGAAGUAGGAAGUGAUUGAAACCGUGGCGGUUGUGGAUUUGUGAUGCGUUUGCCAGUGGUUUAAUCUUUGUUUGGCCUUUUGGUGUAUUCUGUGAUUAUGGAAACAAAUGAUCAUAAAAAACUGACAUGGAUAUA